AUGUCAGGGGCUUACGAAGCGAGAGUGAGUACCAACAGAACAUCAAGCGGUGGUCAAUCCAAUCUGUUUCCCAACAGCGAUGCUUUCGAAGAUCUGGACGAUGAUUUUCUCGACAUAUAUACGAUGAAUCCAAGACAACGCUUGUUUCAUCAGGCCCGCAAGUUUCGCAGUAAAGUUUUGGAAUGGUACAGAAAUCUGCCCUUGUGGAAAAAAAUUGCAGUUUUCCUAGCAGCGCUUGCUCAAUUGACCCUUUCCAUACUGGGGCUGGUCUAUCACGACAGAAUCUUAAAGACAAUGGUCACUGCAUCGAGCGAAUUGAGAUCCAGAUGGUACACACCUCUAGUCUUUAUCUCGCUUGUUUUUUUGGUGUCUUUCCCACCGCUAAUCGGAUUUUCGAUGCUGUCUAUCAUGGUAGGCAUCAUUUACGGAAUCAGCUUCACCGGUUGGAUAACGCUGUUCAUCGGCUCUGUGGGUGGCUCCAUUGCCGCAUUUGUUCUGUUCAAGACGCUUCUGCGGUCUCAGGCAGAAAGGCUGGUCCAUGCAAAUGCCAAGUUUGAAGCACUGACUUCCAUUUUACAAGAUAACGAUAGUUAUUUGAUGAUUGCCAUGAUCCGGCUAUGUCCCUUCCCUUAUUCAUUUACCAAUGGAGCAAUUGCAGGGAUAUACGGAGUGACGUUGCGCAAUUUCUCUUUAGGCAGCGUUUUAACGUGUCCCAAGCUGUUUAUGUACCUGUUUCUGGGGUCUCGGUUGAAAAGACUUGGAGAAGAUGGUACCGCGUCUUCUAGAAUAAUUGACAUUUUAGGAAUUCUGGCGACAGGGCUAAUCUUGGUUUUGACAACUUGGAUUUUAUAUUCUAGAGCCCGGAAACGGUACCUCGAGCUGCAGAGGACUCAAAGCUUGGACGUUUCCUUCGAGACUGUUUUCUAG